AUGAAGCUUUAUCUGAUAUUUGCUGUGUUUCUUCUGUCAAACCUCCAUACUUAUGAAGUUGAAGGCAUAAGACUGGGAAAAGUCACUUUACCAAUUAGCAGCUAUCAUGAAAUCAUAAAGAUGUUAUCAUUAAAAGGAAGCAAUGAUCAAGAUCAUGAAUUGACACUCAAAACUGAUGCACUUCCAUCAGGUACCACAUUAAAGAACAGAAGAUUAUCUUCUAGGGUAGGAACCAAGAACUCUCAUCGUGACCAUUGGUUACCAAAGAUUCAUGAAGACUACUACGGCCCCAAUCAUCAUCGCCCAAGACACCAUUGA